GAAUCACACGCGACAGGUUUCUUUUUUGGGGGGUUGCAGCUAGCGUACGCUACUACAACCCAGAAGGACGUCCCAUUUCUGUUUAUAAUAUCGAGAUGCCUUUUACAAAAGAUUCAGCAUUCUCAAUGUAGAGCGUUGGUCUUUAUAUAGCAGCGUUGGUGUGUUAAAUGUAACAAUAGACAAAAAGCAAAAACAAACGUGACGUGUGCUUACAUAUAGUGUCUCCUUUUGUUUUAAACGUUGACAUAUUGCCUUUGUUUGCAAGCUAGCUUCAGCUAGCCACACCAAGUUGGGAAUCAAGCAAGCAAGCAGCUGGUUGUGGAUUGUUGUCACUCGCUCACAAAGUGGUGUAGCUCGUGGUUACAGAGAAGAAAGGGAGGACUUCAUCAUCGACUUGAUAAGGACUGGUCCAGGGCAGCUGGUGACGCGGACAGGACGGAUGAGCGAUGAGGAGGCGGAGCUGAGGUUCAGUUGACCCUCCCCUUCUUCCUCCCCCCCCCCCCCCUCCUCCAAGUAACUUCACCUGGGGAAAUACCUCUUCCUCACCUCUCCUCCCUCCCUCCCCCAUCCCUCCUCCCAAUCCCUAACCCUCACCCGCCUCACCGCCGCCAGCCGUGCCCAAUGUUCUCUCCAGAGCAGGAAAACAUCUCCACCACCGCCUCCACCAAAGUGCCAGUCAAGUACGGGGAGCUCAUCGUGCUGGGAUAUUCCCUAGAGGGCCACCAUACCCCUUCCACUCUCAUUUCCAUCCUUGGUCAUGGAAAAAUGCAGAUUUUUGUGUUUAAAAUGCCGAAAUACGAAAUGCAACCAAAGUGGUCUAUCUCCCAACCCCUCAAUCCAUUCGUCUCCCCUUCCUCCAUGCAGGUGGAGAGCGAGAGCCAAGAACUGGUCGACGGCUCGCUUGUCGACCUGUGUGGCGCCACCCUCCUGUGGCGCACGGCGGAGGGCCUGUCGCGCACGCCCACCCUCAAGCACCUGGAGGCCCUGCGGCAGGAGAUCAACGCGGCGCGGCCACAGUGCCCCGUGGGCUUCAACACCCUCGCCUUCCCCUCCAUGCGGCGCAAGGACACGCCCGACGAGAAGCAGCCCUGGGUCUACCUCCAGUGCGGCCACGUGCACGGUUACCACAACUGGGGGAACCACCGGGAAGAGAGGGAGGGCCGCGAAGGACGCCACCGGGAGUGCCCCAUGUGCAGAGCCAAGGGGCCGUAUGUACCGCUGUGGUUGGGCUGCGAGGCCGGCUUUUACCUGGACGCCGCGCCUCCCACCCACGCCUUCAGCCCCUGCGGUCACGUGUGCUCGGAGAAGACGGCGGGCUUCUGGAGCCAGAUCCCGCUGCCUCACGGCACGCACACCUUUCACGCCGCCUGCCCCUUCUGCGCCCAGCAGCUGUCUGGUGAGCAAGGCUACGUGAGACUCAUCUUCCAAGGACCCCUCGAUUAACAGACUGAAGCCGGUGGGGGGGAGGGGGGGGGGGACGCUUGCAGCUUUCCAGAUCCCUGAGAUAUAUUUUCGGUUGGUUUUUCUCAGUUGAACUUUUGAAGCGGUUUGGUUCCUUUGACUGUGAGAUAUCCGGGACUCUUCUGUCGCUUGUUUUUAAGUGACCUUUAUAUUGGUUUUUGGUAAGAUAACAAAAAAAACAACAACAGCAAAGAUUACUAUAUUUUCAUGUGAAAUGAGACAAAAAACAAACAAACAAAGACACUGAUUGAUGAAUUAUUUGUUUGGCAAAAAACUGGAAACAGUAUUUAUGUACACUACUACUAAACAGUAGGGCGACAUACAGUUUUAUUUACGUUAAUUGUUACAAUAUUCAUAAGUUUCUGUAAGAUCUAACUUAUAUCAAAGAACAUUUUAUUUAUACCCCAUGAACAUGAACCCACUCCAACAAACUACAUUCGUUUUAUCCUCUUGUUCCUCUUAAUAAAUAUACCCAACUUCUCUGUAACUUUUGUUUAACUCUGUACUUUUAAACAUUUUUUUAAUUCAGUAAAAUGAUGUUAAUCAGAUAUAAAGUUAUACGUGUGCUAUGAGGAUUUAAAUUCAGUUUUAUUUUUGUCACUCCUCUGAGGUGAACAAUUUCCUGUCCUGCUGUGUACCUUCUUCUGCUUGUCAUGUGCGUGUCUGUGUAGCGUGUCUGUGACAUCUUUUUUGUGGCUAUUUAUACUUUACUCACAAGAUGUCACCAUGACUUAUCAAAGCAAUAGUUUUUGAAAUGUUCUUCCUCAAGUAUUAUGGGAAAUUUAGCUUUAUACUACAAGUCUUCAAAACCCUUCAGCCAUCUGACACCUCACUCUCUAAAGCAAAGGUCGGGCCUAGACUAUUGAAGUGAUUUUCAGAGCUGUUGUGUUAUUGGUUAGCGACACACACACACCUUUUAAAGUGUUUUUACAACCUCUAACGUUCUUCUCAUGAAUGUCAUUCUCAAAUUCAGUGUUUAUGUUGAGAUUUACAACUAAGAAUCAAUACUGUAGGUAUUUACAGUACUAUUGUAUCUUUAUAUUUCGAGUGAAGGUGUGUGUGUGUGUGUGUGUGGAGAGGGGGUGACAUGGUAUGUGUACGCUAUGAAUGGAUAUUGUAGUCCAUUUUAAUUGUGUGUUUUUAGGGUGUUCUCCAUCGAGCUAGAAUUUCAGUUCUUAUUCUGAGUUUACCACUGCUCUUCAGAAUAUGACACAGAAUCUCAUCUCAGGGAGAAACCACUGCCUGGUUACCUGUGUCUCACACACACACCUAUAUAUCUGACCUGUGUACACCCAAACACACACUGUCUUUGCAAAUAACUUCGCAGGAUACCUCAUAGGUUAAUGACCGUUCCACUAAUUGUUUCAUUUAACUGUGUCUCUGAAAUGCCCCACUGUCAAAUGUAUUGAAACAAAUGUAUUUAAAGUGGCGCGUUUCUCUUUGUGGGGAAAAAGUGUGCAAGUAAGGGCUCUAUUCUUCUGACUGACUGUACUGUUAAUUUAAAGCUGUCUGCAUGGUUGCUCUCUGCCAAGACAUGGUGUGUGUCUCGUCUCUGCUCCAAUCUGCCGUCUCCUGACACUGAGGCAAAAGCUGAGGUUUCAAAUUGACUGUUUUUGUACCAACUUUAAACAAUAAAGUUGAAAAGAAUGAUACAUUUUAA